AGCUCAAAGAAAAACAAAGUGGCUAAAAAUAAGAUAUACUACAUAACAAAUCGUACUUCCUAACUUAUGUGAUAAUCUUGUAAAAUAUGAUAGCAUCAAAUAAAGUCAUCAAACACAUAUAUUCUAGUUUGGCAGCGAUGAUGGCCACAGCAAAAGGAAGCGCAUCCAAUGGCCGAAAGUUCGCUGAGGGCACGCAGCCUUUCACAGUGCUAAUUGAGGGAAAUAUUGGCAGCGGCAAGACGACAUUCUUGAACCACUUUCAGAAAUAUGAGAAAGACGUCUGCCUGAUCACAGAGCCCGUUGAGAAGUGGCGUAAUGUGAACGGUGUUAAUUUGCUUGAAAAAAUGUACAAAGAUCCACAGAAAUGGGCCAUGCCCUUUCAGUCAUACGUCACACUAACGAUGCUUCAAGCCCACACGGCAGCCACUGACAAAAAAUUGAAAAUCAUCGAGCGCUCCAUUUUCAGUUCACGGUAUUGUUUUGUUGAGAAUAUGUAUCGCAAUGGAUCCCUGGAGCUUGGCAUGUACAAUACGCUGCAGGAGUGGUACAAAUUCAUUGCCGAGUCGAUACACGUGCAAGCUGAUCUGAUUAUUUAUUUGCGCACUUCGCCUGAGGUUGCAUACGAACGCAUACGACAGCGUGCACGCUCCGAGGAGAGCUGCGUACCCCUAAAGUAUUUACAAGAAUUGCACGAGCUGCACGAGGAUUGGCUAAUACACCAGCGCCGUCCACAACAGUGCAAGGUCCUUGUGCUGAAUGCGGAUCUUAAUCUAGAGAACAUAGGCACCGAAUAUCAGCGCUCUGAGACGAGCAUUUUUGACGCAAUCUCUGGUGCGCAACAGAACCAGCCGGCAGCUGUGCUCGUGUCGCCCAGCAAACGCCAAAGGUUAUCCAGUUAACCAAUGAUUUAACACGAGUUGGCUAAUGACUCCAUUUUAAUUUGUUAGACCGCGAUAAGUUAAAUGCUAGUAAAUGGAAUCGUAGCUGAAAUUCACCGAUUCUUU